AAACGCACCGCCAUUUCUCCCCCUUCAUAAUAUAAAAGGUUAAAGGAUGUCAUUGAUAUUCUCUCAAAAGGUAGGGAUACUUUCGAUCUUCGAUCCAACCUCGGGGACGUAUUUGAUAUUAACCCUAAUAUAAAUAGAAUCCCUACCGCUCUGCCUUUCGUUUCGUUCAGACCGGCCGUAGGAGAGUUGCUUCCCUUCCACCAUUGAAAUUCAGAUAUGAUGGCUCAAGGAGCGGGAAUGUUUACCAUUAAUCAAACUAUAGGAAGUGUUUUGUGCUGCAAAUGUGGGAUUUUGAUGCAGCCUAAUCCUGCUAAUAUGUGCGCAAAGUGUUUGCGCAACGAGGUGGAUAUAACUGUGGGAUUGCAGAAGCACGUGGUUAUUGUGCACUGUCCUGAAUGUGAUAGCUAUCUGCAGCCUCCUAGAACUUGGUUGAAGUUACAGUUGGAGUCGAAAGAGCUGCUUACCUUCUGUGUAAAGAGGUUGAAGAAUCUGAACAAAGUCCGGCUCGUGCAUGCUGAGUUCAUAUGGACUGAACCUCACUCCAAAAGGAUUAAAGUUAAGUUGACGGUUCAGCAGGAGGUUCUUAGGACAAUUCUUGAGCAGUCGUACACUGUGGAGUAUGUUGUGCAUGAACAAAUGUGUGAUUCUUGCACUAGGGUUCAGGCUAACCCUGAUCAGUGGGUGGCUGCUGUGCAGCUAAGGCAGCAUGUUUCUCACAGAAGAACCUUUUUCCACCUGGAGCAGCUCAUUCUCAAGCAUGACGCUGCUGUUCGUUGCAUUAGAAUCAAGCAGAUGGAUCAGGGAAUAGACUUCUUCUUUUCUAACCGGAGCCAUGCCGUGAAGUUUGUGGAAUUCUUGGACAAAGUUGUGCCAGUUAGGCAUCGAAAUGACAAGCAGCUUGUGUCCCAUGAUACCAAAAGCAACAACUAUAAUUAUAAGUAUACUUUCUCUGUUGAAAUUUGUCCUAUUUGUCGUGAAGAUCUCAUCUGUCUUCCUCCAAAGGUUGCUGUUAGUUUGGGUAAUCUUGGACCACUUGUCAUAUGCACCAAAAUUAGCAACAACAUUGCCUUAAUGGACCCUUUUACUUUGAGGCACUGCUUCUUGGAUGCUGAUCAAUACUGGAGGUCAUCUUUCAAAUCUCUGCUUUCUAGUAGGCAGCUCGUGGAAUAUGUGGUGCUUGAUAUAGAGCCUAUUUCUUCUGAAGUUAUUGUUGGUGACUCUCGGUAUCUUUUAGCAGAUGCACAGGUUGCUCGAGUGUCAGAUUUUGGGAAAAAUGAUACAAUUUUCAAUGUGAGAACUCAUCUAGGCCAUGUUCUAAAACCUGGGGAUAAUGCUUUUGGUUACGAUUUAUUUGGUGCCAACAGCAAUGAUGUUGAGCUUGACAAAUACAAAGGGUUUGUCCUUCCUGAUGUGGUAUUGAUGAAAAAGAGUUACGAGGAGAAGCUGCAGAAAAAACGAGGGAAGCCCCGCGCAUGGAAACUGAAACGUCUCGAUAUAGAAGUUGAUAACUCACUCACUAGAGGUAGAGGAGAUUACGAAGGCCAGUUGCAGGCUGAGUUUGAGAGAUACCAGGCAGACAUGGAGCAGCUCCCUGGAGAGUUGGCCAAAUUGAGAUUAUAUAAGAACAAGGAUUACAAGCCAUCUGAAAUGGGAUCUGAUACUGAUGGGGAUGAUCUUUCUGUUCCAUUGGACCUGUUGCUUGAGGAUCUUACUCUGCACAAAGAGGAUGACGAGGACGAUGACGAGGACGAUGACAUGACGGAGUGAAAAAAUUUGCCUCUCGUAGUUGAGAAUUUUGUAUACAAUAGAGUGUAUGGUAUUCCCGAUCAUCCAUUUUUCCCUUUAUACUUUGCUGGAGUUUGUUUCUUUUUAAGCCCGGUUCAAAUUUUCCUGGGACUUAUUAAUUGGCUUAGAUAAACUUCUUUUCUUUAGCACGGUUUUGUUUGUGCUUUGGUUUUGCUACUGGUAAUGUAUUGUCAGAGCUAAAUAUAUGUGAUGCACCUUCCGAACUUGAUCACGCAAUUCUUUUGUUUGUCCUGUGUAAAACUGGGAGACGAAAUAGUAGAAAAAUUUAAGCUAAAAGACCAAUUGUACUUACUGUUUCAUCGGGCUCAAGAGCAUCAGCAAUGCGCCUUUUGAUCUUCCCAAUGUCAUCAGAAGAAAGAUCAGGGGCAUCAUCCUCAACAACCGGUGCAACCACCUGUCCACGCCAUAGCUAGCGGUUCGAAUCAAAUGACAAAGCAAUUUGCUGUGGAGACCAAUUUGGCAGAGAGCCCUUAAGGUCUAUGGAAGCUGUGAUGAAUUGCUUGAUGAUCCUGAUGUUGAUGCUGUGUAUAUGCCCAUCAUCACCCACAAGUCUUCAUUUGAAAUGGCUGUCUUGGCUGCUCAGAAGAAGAAGCAUUUGUUACUGGUACCGGAGAAACCAACUGCUGUGUGUGGAGCUUGACAAAUACUAAAAAGCUUGUGAAAUCUGGCGUGAAAUUCAUGGAUGCCAGCAUAGUGGUAUCAUCAUCCCAGGACUGCAAAAAUGAUGGAACUGUUAUCUGACCCGGAUAUCUUUGAACAAAUUAAAGUGGUAAGUUCCAUCCCUAGCUUUCUUUUCGAGUAUAGUGUGAAGUCAUGAUUUUAGUUUGUUGAUGAUGCAAUGUAUUUCCUCUUGGAUUAUAGAAUCUGAUUUCUGAAUUUAGGGCACUAUGGAUGAAUUAUGUGCAAUGUUUGGAUGAAGGGUCCUAUUUUUGACCUUUCUAGUCAGGGACUCAGGGUUCUGUUUUCAUUUGAGAUAUGCUGAAAACAAUAAACACUGUUGCUUGUAAGAUCAUUCUGUCAGAGGAAGAAAUUUGCCACAAAAUAUGAAAGCAGCAAAUGUAACGUGGCUAGGAAGUUUCUAAGUUAUCACCAACAAUAUAUAUUGGUCAUAAUGUGUUUGAACCAUCUACGGUGUGUACGCAAUUUUAGUCCAAACUACUUGAAGAGGCAUCAGCUUCUUGUUUUGUGUAUCCGUGUUGCAUCAGAGGAUUGAAGUUGCUUCCGACCACACCUAUAUCGGUGAAAGAGGCUGUGGCGUGGUUUGAUGAUGAGGUUGCUAGUAUAACCAACCUCUCAUCAGAACUGAUCACUGAGGCUGCUCCAUUGAUUGAUCACUUUAAAGCAUGAUUACCAAUGCAGCCUGAUGGGUCUGUCAAAAGUUUGUGACUGUGUAGAGCACAGCAAUCCUCUAGUACUUUCUUAUUAACUUCUGCAGCAUUGUAAAUUGGGGUUCAAAGUUUCAUCCACCGUCCACGGAUUGUAGAUGCCGAUCUCAUACAGCUAUAAUCGCUAUGAAAAUGGUUCGAGUAAUGUAAACUUUGAUUGUCGAUGCGUUUUGCAAUCCGCUGCUUAUUUCAAGGACUACAACACUGUCAAUGAGAUGGUAUUUCAUGAGGCACACUUACAC